AAAUCCAAGCGUCCAACCGAUUACUGUUAUGAUCAAAGUUGAGAGUCACCGGAAGCAGACACUAGUUCUUUUGUUUAAGACUUUUUUGCGAUUCUUUAUGAAAAGAUGUUGAUGUUAAUUUUGUGUACGUUUCUUUUAUUGAACGUUGAAGCGCUGCCAAAUGUUUUUGAAUACGAAAUUUCAAAGGCGAGGGAUUAUGUACAUUCGUUUGAAAUUCCAAAGGAUAAGGGUCAGUCACAAUCUGAAGGACCAAGAAAGCUAAAGUCAUUUUCAUGGAAAGACUGCAGUACAUCGGCUCCUUUAGUGAACGUGAAGAGUCUGAGCAUCACUCCCGAUCCUCUUCAGUUUCCUGGAAAUCUUGUCGUGUCAGCAGACGUCAAUGUCAAACAAAGCCUAUCUCAACCAUUGCAGGUAAAGUUGGAAAUGAAGAAAAAGGAGCUUGGGUUUUUCAUAACUAUACCAUGCAUUGACAACUUUGGAUCUUGUACGUAUGAUGAUAUUUGUGAAAUACUGUCACAGUCUGGAGCUGCUGGUCAAUGCCCGCAAGAACUGAAAGAUAUUGGUAUAGAUUGUACAUGUCCUUUUGCAAAAAAAGAGUACAAUCUGUCAGAAGCAACAUUUGAUAUAACAGCCACUAUUAUACCAACUGGUGAAUAUCAAGUUGAGGCCAAUGUUACUAAGGGUGGAGCAGAGGUUGUUUGUCUGAAGCUAGAAUUUUCAAUAGAAUGAUUCUAAUGUGAAGAUCAUGAUAUCAGGGAUACAUUGAGAUAAUAAUAUACUGUACUAAAGACGUUUGCUGAAAGAACAUUCCAUAUCCAAGACAUCAAGAAAUGAAUUGUAUAUUUUUGUGGAAAUUUUUUUGUGUUGUUUUUCUUUCCAGAUAACUAUUUUUGUAUGUAGUUUUUCUAACUUAACUACUGAUUUGAUUUUUAUGUUAUCUUUUUACUAUAUAUAUAUGCAACUGAUUUUUUUUAUAUUGUAUGUACAUUUUACAUUUACAUCUAUAAAUGAUUUGUUGUACAUUAUAUGGGAUACAGGGUUUGUGUCUUUGUAUGUCAUUCAUAUGUGUUAGUUUUUUAUGGUAAAACUACAUUAUUACUUUUAUUAUAGAAGAAUCUUUUUUAAAAUUUUCCAAGUUGUAAAGUCCAAUUAUUUCAUUUUAUGCAGAACAAAGAACAUAUUGCCCUGUCUGCUGGUUUUUCUGAGGUACCAGUAUUCUUAAAUAUGCAUUAACUGUUACAAAAAAAAUAGUUUCUUACACAAACAAUUGUGAUUAACCUUAGUUUUUUUCAGGUAUUUUACUAUGAAUUCUACUCAGAAUCUCAAUUACAUGUACUUGAUUUUUACACAGUUAAUUACUUUUUAAGACCACACCAAAAUUUUAACAAUUUGUGUACAACUUUGAAUAUGCAAAACAUACUUAGACCAAGCUUUUUAAUUCAAUUUAUUGAUUUGUAGAAGCGAGCAAUAAUAUAAAUAGGUAAUAGUCAUUCCUAGUUAAAAUUCAGAGCUUUGUUUUGUCUCAUUGUUAAUUGUCAAUCAAAUAUGAUUAAAAUAUAUUUUCAUUUGAAUGUUACAUUUUAAUAAUGUUGCGAAAAAGUUUCACAAAGGGGAGUAACUCUUGAAUGACUCUUAACAUAUCUUUUACAAAAAAGAGUUAUGUUAUACAUGUAAAAUUUAUGUAAACAUUUUGGAACUGAAGAUCACAUAUUGUUUAAGUUUACAAAUACUUAUAUGCAAUUACCUAAUUUUUUAUAUAUUUAAUACAUGUAUUUAUGCAUUUAAAAGGUAAAAUUUUUGCUUUCAAUCUAGAUACCUGUAGGUUGUAAUGGGUUCAUUACAGUGACUGUCAUAAUACUUUUUAUAAUUACCUAACUUGAUAGCACAUUUCUUUAAACGCAUAUAGUUUUUUCUCAAUGAAUGAUGAAGAGGAUAAAGAUAGAAAAUUUUAAGAAGAACAAAUAAUUUUGUAUUUCUUAUAAUUGUUAGCACAUCUGUUACUUUAGAUCUGAUAAACAUAUUAUUAUGUUAUUUCUUAUGUAAUAUGUAAAUUAUUCAGGGAUAUUAUCCAACAAUGAAUCAUAUUUAUUCUGGAAACUUUGUUAUGGAAGGUUAUUUAUAUUUUAUUAUAAACCAUUCAGCUGACUAUGUUUUUGAUUACUCCUGAUCAUAUAUAAUCUCAAUUGACUAUUGUAAAGUUAAUUAAGUGAUAUUUUUGAUGCUAUGAUAUUAUAUGUAAUUAAUACAUACGGUAAUGUUGUUUGGUGAGUAAAUAUAUUUCCAAGAGGUUUUAUAUUAAAAUUAAUGCGGACUCUUUAUUAAAUUUUUAGGAUAUGCCUAAAGAUGCAAUAUUGUUAUCAGCCUGUAGGCUUUGUCAAGCUUUAGAGGGGCAGAUCAGUAAAAUAAUAUAAAGACCUGAUCAUGGGAUAUUAUUAUAUAUAAACAUUAGUAUGCAUUAUGUAAGCUUAUGCUAAUAUCACUUCUUAUAUAUGGACCAAUAUUGAUAGAAUGGGAGUUAAAUAGUUUUAUAGAAUGCCUGUAUGCAAACUUGUGUUAAACCUAUAUAUUACUUUAUAGCUCAAUUUUGAAGCAACGGCACUAUCAAACUUUUUUUACUUGUAACCAUUGACUACUACUAACUGAUUUUCAAAAUGAAUUUUCAAAUUUUCAGUUAGUUUGAAAAAUAUUAUAUUUAACAAUCGACUUCCAUUACAUGACAAUUAUAUACCAGAUCGCUUA